AACAUGGCCGAAGCGAGCGGCGUUAACGUAGCCAGCGGCUGUGAGGAAAAGGGGCCUGGGGAAUUGUCCCAGGAAUCUGCGCGCCCGGGCACUACCAUUUCGAGGGUGAAGCUCUUCGACACCAUGGUGGACACCUUCCUCCAGAAGUUGGUCGCUGCUGGGAGCUACCAGAGAUUCACUGACUGUUAUAAGCACUUCUACCAGUUGCAGCCUGAGAUGACCCAGCGCAUCUAUGACAAGUUUGUAACUCAGUUGCAGACAUCUAUCCAGGAGGAAAUCUCUGAAAUCAAAGCGGAGGGAAAUCUGGAAGCUGUCCUGAAUGCGUUGGAUGCGAUUGUGGAUGAGAGCAAGGACUGCAAGGAGCCCGCCUGGCGCCCUAGUGGGAUCCCGCAGAAGGACCUGCGCAGCGCUAUGGUGCCCUACUUCCUGCAGCAGCGGGACGCCCUGCAGCGCCGUGUGCAGAAGCAGGAGGCCGAGAACCAGCAGCUGGCAGACGCCGUCCUGGCCGGGCGCAGGCAGGUGGAGGAGCUGCAGCGGCAGGGCCAGGCCCGGCAGCAGGCCUGGCAGGCUCUACACAGAGAACAGAAGGAGCUGAUGGCCGUGCUGAGGGAGCCUGAGUGAGGAGGAGAAGGCCGGGCCCAGGAGCAGAGGGCAGUCAAGGUCAAGGGCCUGUGGUCCAGGCUGCUGGGCCUGAGUGAGCUGCCUCUGAGCACAGUCCCUGAGCAGGGGUGGAAUUUGCUGGAGAAGGAGGCCUCAGCUCUCUCCACUGCCAUCGUGCCUUUGGGGCUCCCCUGCGGUCAUAAGCACACACUACCUUCAGAGUCCUCCCUGUUUUCUUCCCACUGGAGGAUUCUCGGCCAGCCCCUGCCCUGGGAACCGGGCCCUGUGCUUCCUCUCCUCACACGCACUGCUGGUUCCCGAGCCCUCCCUAGGGCCUGGCUUGGGGAAUCUGUGUUCAAUUUCCACGGAUUGCCCCCUUGCUGGCCAGCCCGAGGGCCCUUGCCAUGUUCUCCCCACAUCCGCAAAUAAACUUCCGCCACGACACUGUAAUCUGUGAGGAUGCUUCCUCCGCCUGGGCCUCUCCCAGGACUCUCCUGGGCCAAGAUCCCGUGCUGGACUCCAGAGCCCUGACUCCAACUGAGGCCUCGGUUGCAGGGCUCUGAGAGC